CGCGGUCAGGAGCGCCGCCGCGUCCUCUCAGCCUUGCGCUCCGCCCGCUGCCUCUGCCGCCGCAGCCCGGCCCACGAGCGCAGAGCCGGGGCACCGGCCCCGCAUCCUACCCACCCUUCGGGCCGCGGGCCGGCUGCAGCCGGCAUGGGAGGCCACUAACGACGGGCACCCCUUCCCUCUGGCACCUCCCCGGGCCACUGGCCACUGGACUCGGGCCAGCGAGCCUUGGGCACCUCUGGCCCCCGGUCCGGCGCCUGGCACGGCCCUCCGCUCUGCCCCUCCGGCUCUGAGCAUCGCGUCCCCGCCCCCCCGCCCGCGCCCGGGACACCUGGGUCCCCCGGCGGCCCCGAGAAGAGGGGCGGGUGGGGGGGCAUGAAGCCGCUGGAGAAAUUUCUGAAGAAGCAGACGUCGCAGCUGGCGGGGCGAACGGUGGCGGGAGGUCCCGGCGGAGGCCCGGGGAGCUGCGGUGGGCCCGGCGGGGGUGGGGGACCUGGCGGGGGCGGCGGUUCAGCCGGGGGACCGCGGCCACUGCAGCGGCGUCAGAGCGUAUCUCGCCUGCUGCUCCCAGCUUUCCUCCGGGAGCCCCCCGCUGAGCCGGGGCUGGAGCCGCCCCCUGAGGAGGAAGGUGGAGAGCCGGCGGGGGUCACGGAGGAGCUCGGCGGCAGCGGGGGACCCUGUUGGCUGCAGUUAGAGGAGGUGCCGGGGCCCGGGCCGCUCGGGGGAGGGGGGCCGCUGCGGUCCCCUUCCUCGUACUCCUCCGACGAACUGUCCCCGGGCGAGCCCCUGACUUCCCCACCCUGGGCCCCCCUGGGCGCCCCCGAGCGGCCGGAGCAUCUUCUGAACCGGGUUCUGCAGCGGCUGGCCGGAGGGGCCACCAGGGACAGCGCCGCCUCAGAUAUCCUGCUGGAUGACAUCGUCCUCACCCAUUCUCUCUUCCUCCCCACGGAGAAAUUUCUGCAGGAGCUGCACCAGUACUUUGUUUUGGCAGGAGGCAGGGAGGGCCCCGAGGGACUGGGCCAGAAGCAGGCCUGUCUAGCCAUGCUCCUUCAUUUCUUGGACACCUACCAGGGGCUGCUGCAGGAGGAAGAGGGGGCCGGCCGCAUCAUCAAGGAUCUGUACCUGCUGAUUAUGAAGGACGAGUCCCUUUACCAGGACCUCCGCGAGGACACACUGAGGCUGCACCAGCUUGUGGAAACAGUGGAGCUAAAGAUCCCAGAGGAGAGCCAGCCGCCCAACAAGCAGGUGAAGCCACUCUUCCGCCACUUCCGCCGGAUAGACUCCUGUCUGCAGACCCGAGUGGCCUUCCGGGGCUCUGAUGAGAUCUUCUGCCGCGUCUACAUGCCUGACCACUCUUACGUGACCAUACGCAGCCGCCUCUCGGCAUCUGUGCAGGACAUUCUGGGCUCUGUGACGGAGAAACUGCAGUACUCAGAGGAGCCUGCGGGGCGUGAGGAGUCCCUCAUCCUGGUAGCUGUGGCCUCUUCAGGAGAGAAAGUCCUUCUCCAGCCGACGGAAGACUGUGUCUUCACCACGCUGGGCAUCAACAGCCACCUGUUUGCCUGCACCCGGGACAGCUACGAGGCGCUGGUGCCCCUCCCCGAGGAAAUCCAGGUCUCCCCUGGAGACACCGAGAUCCACCGAGUGGAGCCUGAGGAUGUGGCCAACCACCUGACGGCCUUCCACUGGGAGCUGUUCCGCUGUGUGCACGAGCUGGAGUUCGUGGACUACGUGUUCCACGGGGAGCGCGGCCGGCGGGAGACGGCCAACCUGGAGCUGCUCCUGCAGCGCUGCAGCGAGGUCACCCACUGGGUGGCCACCGAGGUGCUGCUCUGCGAGGCCCAGGGCAAGCGCGUGCAGCUGCUCAAGAAGUUCAUCAAGAUCGCGGCCAUCUGCAAGCAGAACCAGGACCUGCUCUCCUUCUACGCCGUGGUCAUGGGGCUGGACAACGCCGCUGUCAGCCGCCUGCGGCUCACCUGGGAGAAGCUGCCAGGGAAAUUCAAGAACUUGUUCCGCAAAUUUGAGAACCUGACGGACCCCUGCAGGAACCACAAAAGCUACCGAGACGUGAUCUCCAAGAUGAAACCUCCUGUGAUUCCUUUUGUGCCUCUGAUCCUCAAAGACCUGACUUUCCUGCAUGAGGGGAGUAAGACCCUGGUGGAUGGUUUGGUGAAUAUCGAGAAACUGCAUUCAGUGGCUGAAAAAGUGAGGACAGUCCGCAAAUACCGGAGCCGGCCUCUGUGCCUGGAUAUGGAGGCAUCCCCGCAUCACCUGCAGACCAAGGCCUACGUGCGCCAGUUCCAGGUCAUCGACAACCAGAACCUCCUCUUCGAGCUUUCCUACAAGCUGGAGGCGAAUAGUCAGUGAGAACAGACAUUGUAGUCAGCCCCCCCGCAGGGUCCUCGGGCACCUGACACUCAAGCACUUUGCACCAUGUCCCAACCCACCUCCGACAUCUUUCCCCUGGAGCAACUUCCGGCCCCACGGGAAGGGGAAGAGUCGGAUGGACUUACUCCGGGACUCAUAAGCCUGUUUAUCCUGCUGAGGUCCUCUCCCCCUUGUUCCUUCAAGCCCAAACCACACUCUGCUGGUCCCUGCCCUCCCAGGGAAAAGGGGCACAGAGCUCUCUCCUCUGCCCCCUCCCAUCGAGGUCCAUUCCCGAGUAGAGUUUCCCACCUCCUCUUUCCCAGCAGGAAGGAAAGUGGCCCACCCUCUGGUCCUCCAUUGGGGGAGGCCUGGCAGCCUUCCUCUCCACCCCCUGUUCCGGUUCUCCCUGGUCAGGGCUGGGACCCCUGGCUGCACCCCUCUGAAUAUUAUAUUGCCCUCGUGUCUGUGUGUGUGUGUGGGCGUGCGUGUACAUGUGCCCCCCUUCAAGGAGCAGAAGUGCGCCUGGUCAUUGAGGCAGGGCGUUGUGUGUGCUGGGGGGGAAGGUCCUUCUGUUUGGUGCUACCCUUGUCUACUCUGCCCCUGGGUCAGCGCCCUGUGGGUGCUUUCCCCACGCCCACACUCCCUGCUCAGUUACUCCUGCCGCCCUGCACCCCCAGGCUUGUGGGCAAAGCUGCUGGUGAGGACAGCGAGCAGCGGCAGGUGGGAGGGGUUACCCGCCCGCCCUCGGGAACCCCCCAGUCAGGCCUCCUGAAGGUCCCCGGGUGGGCUCCACGGAGAGGAUAAAAGAUGCUCAGGGAAACACAGGCCUAAGCUGCCUAUAGGACCCGCCUUCUGCGUUCCAGUGGGAUGUGGCGAGGUGAUAUCAGGAGUUAGGGGUACCUGCUGCCCACACCCCUGCUUCUGGGGUAUCCCACUGCUAAGGAGGGAGUCGUCAUCCCCCUUCUGGCUCUGUGUCUGACGCUAAGAACAUGAUCUGUCCUUUUCCCGGUCUUGACUCCCUCUUGGUCCUCCCCCUCAAGCUGGGGUGGGGUGGAUCCCUGUCCCUGGGGGCAGGCAGACCCCCAAAGUGGGGGGAGGGAACGGCGGAGACUAUAAAGGCAGACUGGACUCUAGCGACGCCUUUAUCGCCCCUGUCUCCCCAUCCUCUCCCAUCACGGGCCUCCCGGGCUGAGGGGUGCAGGGGCUCCUGGCAGCUACUGGGUGAGGUUUCCAGGCGCAGCCUCACCCUCCUUUCUGGCACCACGUCUUUCCCUUCUGAAGAGGCAGCAGCAGCAGACGCAGCUGCUGUUCCUGCUCUGAGGAUGUACAUAUUUUUUACCCAAAGCUCUGGAAUUGUAAUUUUAUUUUUUAAAACUCAAAAGAGGGAAAGAGCCUUGUAUUAUAUGUAAACAGUGUAUCAUAGGUUAUGUUGUACAGUCCCUUUUAUACAGUGGCCUGUCUCGUUCCUGCGGCAAAAAAUGUCUAUGGAUUCCCGCCCCCACCGCCGCUGAUGCAGCCCCCGCGUCUCACCCCCUCCGUCCCUCAAAGACAGUGACCAAGGCCCUCCUCCUGCUCCCUGCCUCCUCCCUGCAGCUGCAGAUGCACCCUCUUCUCCCUGUAGCCGUCCUCCCUCCCCACCCCUCUCAGCAGCCUUCUCACUCCAGCUCCCACACCCUCCUCCACCACUGGGCCCACUGGUCCAGUCUUGGCUGCUGCCCUCCCCUAGCCUUGACGCCUGCCCUGCUGCUUCCCCGGGGCCUCCAGACCUCUCCCCCUGCCCACAGCUUUAACAGAGUGAACCGUGUGUUCUGUACAGGCUCAGUUGGCAUUGCGGCAACUGCUGGGUGGGAAAUAAGCUGAUAAAGUCUUAUGAAUCAA